AUGAGAUUCAAUGCAGAAAAUGAACAUAGGAGGCAAAGCGAGCAGUGGGAGGCUAUCAAUGGAAGGAAAUGAGGGCGAGGAGAUUUCAAGGCUAGCAAUAUCUGAAUUUCGAGACAGGGAGGAGGAGAUUGAGAAGAAGAAGACGGAAGUGAGAGAGAAAGUUGAACACCGUAUGGGUCAAGCUGAAGAAGAAACAAGGCGCUUGAAACAGAUUUGGGAAGAACUCGAAGAGUUGGCUGAUCCAACGAGGAAGGAAGCUGCCACUGUGCGCAGGAAAAUUGACAUGGCUAACCGAGAGUUGAAAUCGCUUGGACAGAGCUGCCAGAAGAAGGAGAGAGAAUAUAAAGAUGCUCUUGAGGCUUUCAAUGAAAAGAACAGAGAAAAAGCACAGCUGGUUACCACUUUAAUGGAGCUGCUGACUGAAAGUGAGAAUUUGAGGAUGAAGAAGCUAGAGGAGUUCUGCAAGAACAUCGAAUAUCUACAAUAGAUGUCGUUUUCAGUUCCAUUCUCUUCUCUUACUGGCUUCCCUUUGGCUUAAAACCCUUAUCAUUCUAAAGCUUGCUACAUUUGUAUAUCAGUUUCUUUUGAUUGUAGCCAUCUUGUUACUUUCUUUGGUUUCUGAUGCAUGGCCAAUAAACUGCAUUGCUAUAAACGGUUCAAAAUGAUGAUAAAAAUGCAGGCACUGA